AUGGUUCUUGAAGCUGGCUAUCCGAACACCACUGGCUUCCGAAAGGUGGUCAAGGCUACGAUAAUGGUCAAGAAGAAAGACGGCAUGUCAGAUGACGACUUCAUCAAGCACUAUAACAAUGUCCACGCUCAGAUGGCUGCUCCUGUGCUGCAGAGACAUGGCAUCGUCACAUACAGCCUGACAUAUCAUCUUCAACGGGAUCGUAUCAUCAUCCAGGAUAUACUUAGGGGCAAGGCACAAUUGCUACCCUACGACGCUAUCUGCACCUUCGUGUUUCCCGACUACAUAUCUCUGGCUAAAUUCCUGUUUGACAAAGACUCCAAGGCUUUGACUAGUGACCACGACAACUUCAUGGACGAGAGCCAGAUGAAGAUGAUGGUCGGCGACGAGUACAUGAUCAUCGAGAACGGCGAGAAAGUCGGAUGA